CCGAUAUGUCAAAACGAUUUUACGACGCUGCCAUGUUUGCAUAUUUUCAUCCGAUAAAAGUUUUUCCUUUUGUUUACAUCGAAGUGUUGAUACAAAUUGUCGAAUAAAUGCUUUCUGACUGUACGUGUGGUUUGUUAUAGUUGAUUAAUAUCGCAUGUUGAAAUCAGUUUAUCGUCUGGUUAAAUGUUGGGGUAGGACUGAUCAUCGUAAAUCGUUUGAAAAGCCUUGGUAAGCAAGGCGCUUGAUGUAUGUGUGUUGGGCGACGACUGGACGAAGCAGUUGCUGAAUAGAAACAAAUUCUUCGAAAAGCAAUAGGAAGUGAAAUUGAUAAUUGAUAGAUUUUGAGGCGGCAGGCACCAUUGAGUAUAAUGGAGCAACUAAUAGUACGAAACAUCGAAUUAGACAAGAUUUGUCGCAUUUGUUUGGCGGUGAAGAAAGAAAUGCGCCCACUUUUCGGUGAGAUGAUCGCGGAAAUGUUGAUGGAAAUCGCCAAAAUACAGAUUGAGCAAAUGGACGGUUGGCCAGACAAAAUUUGUGUACAAUGCAUCCACCAAGUUAGCCGCUGCCAUGCAUUCAAGACUCGUGUGGAGAGGUCCGACAUAGCACUGAGGCAAUAUAUCAAAGGAAUCACGGUAACGGUGGAUCCGGAUCAUAAAGAUUGUGUUCAAGCGGAAAUAGCAAAAAUGAACCUAAGCCCACCCAAACUUCAACAAGUGGCCCCGGCGAUGCUACCACCGCAGUUACACGAAUUACAUAUCCAGCGGUCGGAUAUGCAAGCCAUUCAGACUGAGGCUCCAAUGGCAGCUCCUGCAAUGAUACUGACCAGUGCACAAUUGAUCAAUGCCGGAGCACAGAUCAUAAAUACGGGCCACAUAAUCACCACGGCGACUGGUCAGCAGAUCAUCCAAACUACCCCACAAUUUCAAGCUGCCUCCAUUGGUCAGUUUAUACAGGGUCCAAACAACACCGUACAAAUGAUUACGCAGAACGGUCACCCUGCACACGUACUGCAAAUUCAACGCACUGCAGACGAUCGCUGUGAGAUAAUAGUGCAACCGGAUCUUUCUGAGGCACAAUAUCUAGAGAAUGUUUCAUCCGUCCCGUUGAUGGUGACGGCUCCAACAGCAACGACGGCUUUACCUACCGAUGGAAUGCAUGCACAUCAAUUGCAGGCGCAUCACCACAUGGCAAUGGAGCAAACGGAGCACACCGAACUAGAGGAAAGUGAAACAGAAACGCAAAUGCACGAAAAGCUGGAAGAUGAUGUGGACUAUAUAAUACCUGAUGACGAAACGGUUGAAACGGACGAAAUCAUUGAAGAGAGUGGUGGCAUGGAUGAAGCGGAUAUGGAAUACUACGCCGAAACAGAGUGUGAAGAGUCGGACGAUGAAGAAAAACAGAUCGCGGAGUUCUUAACGUAUCAAACAUCGUGCCCAAGCCCUGGACGCUACGUGUGCAAUUUGUGUCAUAAGGAGUUUAAUCAACCGAAAUGGCUGCACCUUCACAUGUCAUCUCACACGAAUUGGAUUAAGGCGAACUGUAAAAAGCAACCAGAAUGUGAAAUUUGCCAUAAAAGUUUUCGUGGACCGGGAAUGUUACGAAUGCACAUGAAAACACACGAGGUGAACAAGAUACCUACAUGCAGCAUUUGUAACAAAGAAUUUAAAUCGAAAUCGAUACUGUACCGUCAUCGGCAGACUCACUUUGAGAAAAAUUUCGAAUGCUCCAUGUGUGAGAAGAAGUUCAGCUCCAAUUAUCAGCUAAACAUCCACGAGCAGCGUCACAAAAAGCAGAAAUGUCACAAAUGCCCCCACUGUGAUAAGGCGUUCUUCAACGAGACAGAACUAAAGAAUCACAUUCAACAUCAUUUGGGCACAACCAUGAAGCAAAACAAAAAAAUUGCCAUCAGCAGAAGUUAAUCGAAAGCAAUUGCCGUAUUGGAUGCAGUUACGAUAUAUAGCAGAUAGUAGCGCAAUAAGUAAAAGCUAAAACUAGAGAAAAAUAUUUAUCACGACAAAUUUGAAACAAUGAGAAGCAGCAAAAGGCACAUUUUAAUGGAAACACGAGAGCACAUCCAAGAGCUUAUCGAACGGGUUUCGAGAUCUUAUCUAAAACGGCUCUAGCAUGGGAUUAGCAACUUUCCCUUACAUGUGCAUCAUUCUAUCGUUUUUAUUAUCGGUUUUUUCCUCUCACUCUAAUUAUUUCUUUCAUUGCUUAACUGGUGUAAUUGCGUAGGUUCCAGCGACCACCACAAAGGAGUACAUUAUGUACAGGGUUGAUUCGCAGAGCUACACCGCAAAUUAUUAUUACCGUGCAUAGAGUUCAAUGUUCGAAAACAAAACUUUCGGAAACAAACAAUUCUUGAUUUUAUUCGUAACAAGCUAUGUAUAUCCACAACUAAAGCCUUUACAUACCGUGGCCGCUGAGCGUCUGUUAAUAGUUUGAGUAUAUAAACUAUUGCCAUUUUGGCAGUAGCUUUAAUUGUAUGAAAGCUGCAGUUUUUUAAAUCAAUCGCCCUGUAGUAAAGCUAUAACUAAUUAUGUCUUUAUAUAUUUCAUUGCCAAACAUUUCGACCUUUUAAAACAAAUGGCUUAGUGCGUUUUAAACUUAAACUGAAACACGCGUUUUGCCAGUGGGUGUUGUACAGCUGUACAUUUACUUUUACUUUCCGUAACACUGUGUUAAGAGAUCGAGAUGAAUUCAAUGUAAUGUGAUUGUUACAAAUUUAAUCGAAAGUUUACAUUUAUUGACAAAAGCAUCAUUGUGAUAAUGUCUUUAUGGAACAUUUAUCGCGUUUUGAGUUCUAUUUCUUCAAUUCAAUGUGUUUUGUGUUGUUGAGGUAUUAAUGCAUCAAGGGCGUCAGUAUUUCCUAAAGUUCUGUCGACUUUAUUUGUCACUUUUGUUUGAAACAGAGUGAAUGUGGUCUGUUCAAAUUGCAAAUAUGCGGUGGGGAGUAAUAUUAGUUACAUUGAAUUAUUUGUAUUCGUUUAAUGAUUAUUAAAAGUAAUGUGUCGUGUAUCUUUAAAUUUUUGCACUUAUCCGAGAGGCUUAAAAUGUGCAGUUUAGUAAAAACUUUUCGCUUUCGGUUAGAUACACUCUUGUUCUCUUGUAGCUAUCGUUAAUUCUACAGCAAGCUGAUGGACAACGAGACCAACUUCUUUUCCACCGGGUUUCAUUCCAUCUCGAAAACACAGUGUAACAGCAUAACAAGCUUAUUGAAAACGUAACAGAAAAUUGAAACUAAGUUUAACCAAAUUGGAAGAAAAGCAAACGAAAUCAUGUUUAUUUUUAGCUAAUUUAGUUACGAUUGUUUGUCGUAAUUGUUUUGGUUCGAAGAAGAGAUACACUUUUUGUAGAACAUUAACGUUGUACAUAAUUAUUACGCUAUAAAUAAACGCAAGUUCGUCUCUAAAUAAAUAAUGAAAUUUAAAGUAAAAACAAUCUGUGUUUUUUUACAUUUGGAAGGAUGUUAUAUGAUUAUUUUAUGAAUAGAUAAAAUUUCAGUUGCAGGGAGAGCAGUAUUUUAUUGUUAGUUUUUUUAUUGCAAUUUUCCAUUUAAAAUUGGGUCCACGAUGCUGAGGUGAUCGUACUACAAGACAGAUUCAAACGUCUAUACGGACCGCUCUUCCAUAGUAAACAUCCAGUUAUGGGUAAAUAAAAAUUAAGGAUAAGGAGUAAUGAGGAGAGGACAUGACUCUUUCCUCCUCAUGACGUGCGUCAAGCAUCAGUAUCUUUUUCUAUUUUGGCCACCUUUAGAGUGGCUGCGCUACAGAGCCGAGCUCAAUUAGUCAGCGAUUCAUUCUACUUCUUCAUACCAGUCAACCAUAGCACCAGGGGAUCGAAAAAAUUGAGAGCAUUGUUCAAAAUUCCAUAAUCCAUAGAUGACUCCCGGUGAUAAAUGUUGCCCUUAUUAUUUAGAUGCAGUUUGCUAGAUCGUAUGAAUUUGUACGGCACAUAGCAUGCACGAUUGCGCAUAGGACUGCAGAAUUGUAAAUUCGCCACUGCUAGUUAUCCGAAUCGAAUAACGAUUGUACCAAGGUAUUAGAAAUCCUCGAUCACCUCGAGAUUUUCACUGUCAAGUGCUUCCCAGACUAGCCAUUUAAUAAUUAUAGCAUGCAACAAGCUGGGAUAGCAUGUCCUUUGCAUACAAUAUUUGAACUUUAAUUGUAGUUCAUUUGGUCGUCGAACUGAUAGGAAUGCUCAAUACCGAUUAUAAGUUACAAAUUACAUAUACAGUAGUACCGUAGAACGAAGCUUCAAUCACGCUCGAUCGUCGAUGAAGCGAUGACACGGACGAUGAAUUAAGCAACCGAAUUCCUCGGCUCGACAGCAGCACAGGCGACUUGAAAUUCCGGGACAUUUGCUGAAACGGGUUAGAGGAGCCAAAUGAUAUUCAUGAUUGGUUAAGUGGCCAGCAUCAUCGGACACAUUUUGGCGGGCACAAACUGACAAGUAGCAGAGUAGCAGAGGAGCAACCUGGAUCCGAGGUUGCUGCCCUGUGGAGCGCCGUAGGUAGCGCAUAUAUGUAAGUAUUGACGUAAAUGUGCCCAACCUUCCCAAAAUUGGAGAGGGAAUGUUAAUAUAAAAGGCCUAUGUAAUAUACAGAACUUGUUGAGGGGCGGCCAGUGCUGUAUGUGAUAAACGGCGCCGGUCCACACGGCAGGACCGGGGAUCAUGUUCCAUGCGGACCGACAUCCCUGGCAAAGACUGACUCUUCGGCUACGCGGUAAAAAUAAUUCUAGCAAGCCAGAAAUGGCCGGCGUAACCUUAGAGGUGGUUACAAGCCAACAAGAGCUGGCUCAAAGCGGAUCUUAUCGCGGUGGUGCCAGCGCAAAAGCAAACCUGGGAAUCCGUGUACUUGAUGGUCCGUGCCGCCAUUCGUUAUGAUCCGGAACACAAGGACGUGGAUGGCCACAUCAUCAUCGGCUGACGCACGCACAUGGCUCUGCUCAGGAUGGAACUAAGCCGAUCGGCCGAUUCGUCGCUAGUGCUGCAGGAGGUUCAACAGAUCAUUGACGAGGCAGGCGCUGUGCGAGUGGUGACACAGAUGGGUGAAAUUCUGGUUGUCCAUAUAUAUAUAGAUUCAUUUGCUAAUGAUGAAGAACUGAAGACAACGCUCGACAGGGAGCUACAGACUAAUGCAGGAAUAACGACUGUC